CCCCGGCGACCCCGUCGACCAUCACCAAUUCUUCAAUCUUCCAAUCGAAACCCUAGAAGGCAUUUCUCAUCCAAUUUCUCUGUGCGAAAAUGUCAGGCCGUGGAAAGGGAGGCAAGGGCUUGGGCAAGGGAGGAGCCAAGCGUCACAGGAAGGUCCUCCGCGACAACAUCCAGGGCAUCACCAAGCCCGCCAUCCGCCGUCUGGCUCGCAGAGGCGGCGUGAAGCGUAUCUCCGGCCUCAUCUACGAGGAGACCAGAGGCGUCCUCAAGAUCUUCCUUGAAAACGUGAUUAGAGAUGCGGUGACCUACACGGAGCACGCCCGGAGAAAGACCGUUACGGCGAUGGACGUGGUUUACGCGCUGAAGAGGCAGGGAAGGACUUUGUACGGAUUUGGUGGAUAGGAGCUUCAUGAACUAGGGUUUAAGGUUCUUUUCUGAAAUCAGUGGAUUAUUUGAGCUUCUCCAUCAGUUCUAUUUACUACUGUGUAAUUUUCAAUUGCGCUGAAAUAUAUUGAUUAAUUGAAGAUGAAAUUAUGCAAUUGUUAUGGCA